GCCGAAAGAAGAAGAAAUGUUUGAGAUGCAUUAUUGUCGAAGAGAAACAUCAGAACUACUUAAUCUACAGGAAAUCCAGGUGCCAGUCCAAGCAGGACGCCGCGACCCUGUGUGAGUCCAUCAGGAACGACACCGACGGCACAGUCCUCAUCAAGAACGCAGGAACGACCCUGUGUCCGUUCACCGGCUCCCGCUCCUUCACGUUCCAGAUUCCCUACGGCGUGUGCGACCUCGACCACUCCAAGCUCUCCUUCCAUCAAUGACGACACCGCGCUCUUCUUCCUUUACAACCCGUGUCCCAAGCAGACUAGCCCGAACGUAUUUGCAUAUCCGGAGCGAGUUUCCUGCAUAGCCUCAUGGAGCGAAGGCGACACCCAUUAUAUGCUGGGGCAGCUUCUUGCCUUCCGCUACGGGGAUCCUGAAUACCGCUGCUACAUCUACGAGGAGAAGCCCGGCGAGAAUUUCCUCUACAGCAUGACGAGGACCUCGUCGUACUGCGGGGCCUACAGUCAGGACUACGAGUACUUCUACAGGAUCUACAAUGAGUCAGUAGCGCCCGGCAUGCCUGUAAUAGAGGGCUACGACCCCACGAAGGAGCUGUACCUAGGCGCGCCCCUCCGCCUGGUCUGCCGAAGCAGCGGAGGGUUCCCGCCGGCGAAGCUCAAAUGGUUCAGAAACGGCGACGAGAUCCCCUCGGAGAGCCUCGAGACGAAGGCGGGGUCCGAGAACCACAUCGACGUGAUGAUUCGCGAGGACGACGACGGGGCAGAGUACCGCUGCGACGCCAUCAACUUCGCCGACACCCUCGCCACGGCCGUCGUCUUGUUCCUGCGUCCUGACCCAGAACCGACAACGACUGCAGAGCCAGAAAUAACGACAGCCGUGACGCCAUCGACAACAGCAGCCGAAACAACAACAACUGCAACUACAACAGCCACAAUAACAACAGAUGCUACAACAACUGAUGCUACAACAACAACAACAACAACAACAACAACAGUAGCUCCAUCAACUACGACUACAGAGUUCUUCUAUGAAUACUACGUUGGUAAGAAUGUUGACGUACUGUUACACUAG